AUGAUCGCCCAACCAACUCCAAUUCGCAUCGCCGAACUCAUUGGCAAAGAGGUUGGAUUUGUGGCUAUCCCUGACGUCAGAGACGCCGUGCCUCAGAAGGUCUUACCAUCCGUUGGCUCAGUCAUGCAUGAGCUGGGCACCUGCAAGCCUUGUGCCUGGUUUUGGAAACAGCAAGGUUGCAAGAAUGGCCGAGAGUGUCUGCAUUGCCAUCUCUGUUCGUCCACUGAGGUGCGGCACAGAAAGAAGCAAAGGGCUUUGGCAAAGCGCAUCAGCUUUCGUCCACCUCCAGGUUUGUCCAUUUGCAGCGAGCCGGACUCACCGGGUUCUAUGAACACUGAGCAGUCCUCUCGUUCCAGUCUUGGCUCGCCGGAUCCCUUGGAUCUCAUGGAUCCCAUGCCCCUCCCCGAACGCACGGUGCUGCUGAAAUCUCUGCACGCAAUGGGCCCCAAUCGGAGGCGGGACGGAAGUUUCGAAAGGGGGGAAGGGUAUAAAGAGAAGGGAGAGCCGAUAGGCGAAGUUCGGGAUGAGUUUAUCGCAGUUCUGAGACGGGCCUUGCGGCGAGUGCCGGUCAUCCUCUCGCCGAUUCUUUCGCUCCCCGGCGAAUUUGCUCCGCUGGUAGCAGCUCCCGUUCCGCGCGUGGUCGAGGGGCUGCUGCCAGGGGAUGCGCCGAAAGAAAUGCUAUGGCUAUGGGACCGAACCGGAACCCGUGCAGCAAAAAGUGACCUGAGCGCAGAUCUCAUGGAGUUGAUGGUGGAGCAAAG